GCUUUGUUGUAUCAGGUAACAAAGGGUCAAUAACAACAGCUGGGCGCGCAUAGCAACCAGUUCAUUGUGUACUGAGUAGCAAGACGCCGCCAACCUACCAACACCCCAUGCAUGACUAACCAACAUCGCGUGUCGGGGGGAAACUGUGGCCACUUUUCGUGACAAUUUUGUUCUUUUCUAGGCCCGACUGGGCUGAAUUAUCACCGCCGAAAUGACGGAGGUUAUCCAAGGACUGGUUUCCGACGCAAAAAAGAACAAAUUCUCCACGAUUCCGACGCUAACAGACGAAGAUGUUGUCAGUGUUUGGGACAACGUGUCAAGCUUCGUGGAGAAGCAGAUGUCUAUGCAAAAGGGUGUCCAUAUAGCCGGCCUGGGGACAUUUACUUACGUCCAUAAAAAGUUGGACGUGGGAAACAACAAGUACAUCCUGAUCCAGCGACCUGUCUUCCUAUUGGCCGAGAAGUUCGCACAGACCCACCAACUGGAGGCCACCAAACACUACACUACAGGUGAGAUCCCAGUUGUCCAGCUAAACUUCGCAGCCUUGUCCCUGGAGACGCCGUUUGACCGUGACACAGUAGAAGCAUGCGUACGAGAAGUCCUGGGGGCGCUGUCGCGAGCCGUGGGCUCCAGGAGGAACGUGGAGUUCACCUUCAACGGCAUCGGCAAGCUGCAGAUCCGAGACUCCAAGGUCAAGAUGAAGUUCUACAAGGAGUUCCUCACAUGCAUGGAUGGGUCGGGCAGACUAGUGGAUGCACUGAAAAAUCGUCCCGGUACAGCAGACUCUGUUAUGUCAGACAGAAUGACACCUACCAGACCUCUGACAUCUAACACAUUAGUAUUACCAAGGAUAUCCCCCAAGGGAGAAGGACUGAACCUGGAAGGAGAUGACACUAAGAAGCCCAGCAUGCCCACUAUAGCAGAGGGAGCAGAUGAAGAGGAAAAGGAACAUGUAGAGGAGGAGGAGGGAGAACAGAAAGAUGGAGAAGAGAUGCAGGAAGAGGAAGUGAAAGAAUCAAGGCUGUCAGCGCCACCUAGCAGGGGAGGGUCGCGACUGCAGGCUCCCGUUGCCAAGGUGACAGGAGUCAGUCUGUUGGAGGAGUUUCAACCACCUGUUACUCCAUCCAAGUCACCCUGCACUGUUAAGGAUGGCCUGUCCCCACCAAAAAGUCCUCACCCUCCCAAGACCCCGCCUCCCUCACAAAUGCAAAUGCGCACCACGGGAGCCCCGCCCGAGGUGCAGCAGGUGCUGGCCCCGCCCAGGACCGCGUGCUCGGAACACACGGGGUCGGGCGGGGACAUGUGCUACCUCUGCUACCAGCGAGCCGCCAGGAACGUCCCCGUGUCGUUUGCGGAGGAACGGAGGAGGAAGGAACUGGAACAGGACAGGUUGCUGCAGCAGUACCAGCACAUGAGAGACACUGAGGCUAUCGCUAAGGAACAGGAACAAAUGAUGGCUAACCGACAUCACAACCAGAAGGUGGCAGCCUUUAACCUGGGCGUGUCCGAGGCACUCAAAGCCAAGAAAGCCAAAAGGGAGAUGAACUUUCAUCGUGGGCUGGCCAGUGGACCUCAUGGCAAGAAUGCGUACAUCUUCCACACCCGUCCGCUGACGCCACCGCGGCUGUUUAAACAGGAGGAGCUGGCCAGGUUCCUGGAGGGACAGGUUCAGCACAGGAAAGACAUGGAGAAGAGGGCGGCAGAGGACCAGUCAUUCAUCGAGAAACUGGAGCAGGCACAGCUAGCAGAAGAUUUGGCCAGGCAGCGAUACUUACAAAUGAAGGAGAAGUCAGACCAGACCAAGAAGUACAUGGAAGCCCUGGACACUCAGGUUAGAGAUAUGGCCUCCCUGGUGCCUGAGAUCCCAAUGAGACAUGUUAGCUUCAGACGACCACACUUCCUGGAACCACUGGUGUUCCCAGGCAUGGAGAAAACAGACAGUAAUCAGGUAGACAGGCAGGAGGAGGGAGAUAAUCAGGAUGAGCAAGAUGACAAGACAAGUGAGAUGACAGGAAAGAAGGAAGAUCAGAAGGACAAUGAUGAGCAAGACAGACAGGGCAAACGGGUGCGUUUCAAGCCCCUCCCCCUCCCCAAGGCAGUCUCCGACUCCAAGAAGCCCAUAUUUGGUCUGAACGACAUGACCAAUGAGAAGCUAGCGGAGCAGCGCCGCCGUGCACAGAACCUGUACAAGGAACAGCUGGACGCCGUGGCACAGAGGAAGCGAGAGGCCAUCCUGAAACAUCUGACGGCACAGAAGGAGGAGGGAGAGAUGUUGGCCAGGACUCGCCAAGACCUGCUGAACGACCGUGCCGGCCGUUACGCCACCAUGUACAGCAUGCGCAAGUCCCUGGAGGACACGUGGCGUGGUGCCGUGGACAUGAAGAAGGAGCGGGACCAGGAGGAGCUCCUGCACCGCAUGGCGCCCGGGGAGAUGUUACUGGACCAGACGGAGCACUACAGGAGGUGCAAACAGUGUCAGAGACGGCCUGCCAACUGUGGGGAAUCCAACGUGUGGAGCGAGUCUCGCUACAUCCCGGGCUCCAGGCUUAUGGUGUAAAACUUCACUGUGAAAUUAUGACCAGACUUAACGUGUGACUUGCACAGGAUAUCUACAAGCUUCUCUAAAUCUUAAUCCUCUCCCUACUAAAUCCCUGUCACAUUUCUAUUUCAAAAUUUUACAGUUCAUCAACAUAAGAGAUUAGUAGUUUAUGGGCCAUUGAGAAGUGCAGUAUGUUGUGCAUUUAGGCCAAUAUAUUCACCGGCUAUUUUAGUGUGUCUGCCCAAGCUCUCUUGCAAACCAUAAUGUAGCUUACUUACUUGAAUGUUUUUAUACACAUUAAUUUCACUGUUGUAAAGUUACAAUGUAAGAUAGCAACUUUGACUGAUGCAAGCCACACAUUUCUAACCUCAACACUAUUUUUGGUACUGGUAUGAUUCGACAGGACUUUUUAUAAACCUGAUGUAAUGCAUUACGCUGCUAUACGUUCUGUACAGUUUUGUAUGUUUGUCUAGUGACACUAUUGUUGUGACGAUUACUUAUACAUUAUAUUAUGCAGUAGUAUAUAGUUUACAUUAUGUUCAAGGUCUAUUGCUUUGUUUUGUGUGUGCUUACAGUAUUGUAUGAUCGUCAAUUAUCCAAAAUGAAGGAUCCCCAGUUACCAAAGUUUUGAGAAGUUAUGGACUUCAUGACAAGCAUUUGUGCUACUAGUUUAUGAAGAUCAAGUGUAUAUUGAAAAUCAUGGGCACUAUGUGA